AUUCUCAAAAUUCCCCAAUUUUCCCUUCAUUUAAUUCACAACACCAUGUCUUUUCUCCUCUGUUCUUCUCCCUUCAAACCUCUCCCAUUUGCUUUCUUCUUCCUCUUUCUCUCCUUCCAUUUCUUCUCUGCAAUUAGCAUCGAUUUCCUCGUCGGCGAUGAAGAUGGAUGGGCUGUCCCUAAACCAAAAGAAGCUGACAAAUACAACAAAUGGGCUUCUCACAACAGAUUCAAUAUUGAUGACACUGUCCAUUUCAAGUACGAGAAAGAUUCAGUGAUGAUGGUUACAGAGGAAGAGUACAAACAGUGUGGUUCUUCAAAACCUCUGUUUUUUGAGAACAAUGGAGAUAGUGUUGUAAAGCUUGACAGAGCAGGUUUGUUUUAUUUUAUUAGUGGAGUUUCAGGGCAUUGUCAGAAAGGCCAAAGAAUGAUAAUCAAAGUGUUGGAACCUUUGAAUCCUCCUCAGCCACCCACUGCUCCACCACAUAGCAAGAAUGCUGCUGAAGAUUCUAAUUUGGUCUCUGUUUCAUCUUCAAUCUUGGGAAUGUUCUUGAUGUUGUUCUUUGCUCUGUUUCCGUCCAUUUGA